AUGACUUCUCCGAUCGACCCCCAGACCAAGGUGUACACGCACAUCAACGGCCAACAGAACGACCUGUUCGACCGACUGGCCAUCUCAGAGCUGUGCAAGGGAUGGCCCGUCUACCGCGAUGCUUCUGAGUGGAAGAACUUCCGCUCCCUCUUCUGCGACGACGCCUACGUCUGGACCACCUGGAGCAAACGCCAGAGCAUCGACAACUUCAUCCAGGUGUCGAAAGCCGGCAAGGCCAACGGCGACUUCAUCAUGCAUCGCGAAUGCGGCACGCUGGUCGACCUCAACCCGUCGACCGGCCGCGCAGUCGGCAAGAUGAAGGCCACCAUCACGCAGCGGUUCAUCAUCGAGGGGGACGCGACCAAGGGCAUCGAGCCCGUCGUCUUCGACAUCGACUGCGACUGCCGCUUCCACUUCUUCUGCUUCCAGGAGCCGCACUCGACCGCGUGGAAGGUCAAGUACGUCAAGCUGAUCUACGACAAGGACAAGGUCCUCCCAGUCGACGGCAAGAACGUGCCCUCGUUCUCCAGGGAGGCCCUCGAGAGGUACCCGGAGGGCUACCGCUAUCUCGGCGCCGCACAGAAGAUGCUCGGACACGAGAUCGACGAGUUCCUGCCGACUAUCCAGGGCCAGGAGUCGGGACCUGCUCAUCGCUUGUGGAUUGACAUCUACGAGAAGAUGGGCCAGUGGCUGAGUGGGCAGGAGGAUGUUGAUCUGUCGUCUGUGGUUCACAACGGCUUCGCUAAUGGCAAGGCCCAUCGCAACGGCAACGGGCACCAGAACGGCUUUGGUCAUUGA